AACCAAAAAUCAAAAGAUUCAAAACUCAAGACGCCUCUCUCUCUCUCUCUGACCAUUCGAUUUCUCAGUUUAGAAACCAUGGACACCUCCACGCUCCGUCUCACCCCAUGCCAUUCCUCUCUCCUCCGCCCCAAACACUUCGACUUGGCCCCGCCAACCUUCACCGGGACCCACACUACCGCCACCGCCUCCAAAAACAAAAACCGUUUGACAAUCGCCGCCACUCUGUCAAAACCGACGGCUGAGAUCUCCUCAACCGCUGUGACUUCCCGAGAAAAUCCGUUACAGGUGUCCACGUCAGCUCCUCCUCCGCCGCCUCGAAUGAAAGUCUCGCCCGAGUCGCUGCAAUACCUUCCGGGUUUCCUCGGAGCCGUACCGGAGCGCACUGUUACAGACGGCAGCGGUGAAGACAUUCUCGAAGCAAUGGGUUACCUCACCAACAUACUUUCAUCUAAGGUCUAUGACGUGGCAAUCGAAUCGCCAUUGCAGUUCGCUACCAAGCUCUCUGAGCGUCUUGGCGUCAAGGUUUGGCUCAAGAGAGAAGAUUUACAGCCUGUUUUCUCGUUCAAGCUGCGUGGAGCUUAUAAUAUGAUGGCAAAACUUAAAAAAGAACAGUUGGAUAGAGGGGUCAUUUGCUCAUCCGCUGGAAAUCAUGCACAAGGUGUUGCAUUAGCUGCCAAGAAACUUGGCUGCGAUGCCGUGAUUGCUAUGCCUAUUACUACACCAGAGAUCAAGUGGCAAUCUGUUAAGAAGCUGGGCGCCACAGUUGUUCUUGUGGGGGAUGCCUAUGAUGAGGCACAAGCAUAUGCCAAAAAAAGGGCCAUUGAGGAAGGCCGUACCUUCAUACCUCCUUUUGAUCACCCGGAUGUCAUCAUGGGGCAGGGAACUGUUGGGAUGGAAAUUAUGCGUCAAAUGAAAGGCCCGUUGAAAGCAAUAUUUGUGCCUGUGGGUGGUGGCGGGCUUAUAGCCGGUAUUGCUGCUUAUGUAAAGAGGGUUGCUCCAGAGGUAAAGAUUAUUGGGGUGGAGCCUUCUGAUGCAAAUGCAAUGGCACUGUCCUUACAUCAUGGUCAAAGAGUGAUAUUGGACAAGGUUGGAGGUUUUGCAGAUGGUGUAGCUGUUAAAGAGGUUGGUGAAGAAACUUUCCGCUUAUGUAAGGAAUUGGUAGAUGGUGUAGUACUUGUAAGCCGUGAUGCUAUCUGUGCCUCAAUAAAGGACAUGUUUGAGGAGAAAAGGAGCAUUUUAGAACCGGCAGGUGCUCUUUCUCUUGCUGGAGCUGAAGCAUACUGCAAGUAUUAUGGUCUUGAGGGGGAUAAUGUUGUAGCAAUAACUAGUGGAGCAAACAUGAAUUUCGAUAAUCUGAGGGUGGUGACUGAACUGGCUAAUGUUGGUAGGCAACAAGAAGCUGUGCUUACAACUGUUAUGCCAGAGGAGCCUGGAAGCUUCAAAAGAUUUUGUGAACUGGUAGGACCACUGAAUAUCACUGAAUUCAAAUAUAGGUGUAACUCUGACAAAGAAGCUAUUGUUCUGUACAGUGUUGGCGUUCACAAGGUUUCUGAACUUGAAGAAUUUCAAGCGCGGAUGGAAUCUUCUCAACUUAAGACUUUCAAUCUUACAAAAAGUGACUUGGUUAAAGAUCACCUACGAUAUUUGAUGGGAGGCAGAUCAACUGUUCAAAAUGAGAUUCUUUGUCGGUUUAUCUUCCCAGAGAGGCCUGGUGCUCUGAUGAAGUUCUUGGAUGCUUUUAGUCCUCGUUGGAAUAUAAGUUUGUUCCAUUACCGUGGGCAGGGUGAAACUGGUGCGAAUGUAUUGGUUGGCGUGCAGAUUGCAAGUAGUGAGAUGGAAGAAUUUCAUGAUCGUGCCAACAAUCUUGCAUACGAUUAUGUGGUGGUAACCAAUGACAAUAACUUCCAGCUUUUGAUGCAUUGAUUAAAACCAUCCUGCGAUUUUAGCUCAACUGUUCAAUCAGAGUGGGAUUGAUGCCAGACUUCUAAAGAUUGCCAGGGAGGGACAGAAGACCUCCAAACCUGGUUCUAGUGAUGGAGAAGAGAGAGCAUGUUUCUGUGUAAUGUUUUACCCUUGCCCCUUUUAUUUUCAUUUUUGUAAUUUAUUGAUUAGUGUAGUAUGUGUUUCAAAUGAAAAAUGCUGGGGUUCUCCAGCUAUUCACUUUGAUGUUUAACUAGCUUUUCUAUCUUUAAUGUAUGGGACUAUGGAAAAGAUGAGCUUUGCUCUUCUGAUUCAAUUGAAAACCUGAGAUGGAUGUGCUA